AUGCUUUGUAAAUUUCCAGAGAUACGAGACCAAGUUUACGACGAGAAGCAAAACACGGUGACGAUAAAAGUGGUUACCUGCUGUCCUGAUAGAUUAAUGCAAAAGAUAUGCUGCAAAGGCGGUAAAGCAGUCAAGAGUAUCGAAAUCAAGCCAACUGCAAAGCCUAAAGAACCCGAGAAGAAGAAAGAACCAGAGAAGGAAAAGCCCAAGGAGCCUGAGAAGAAGAAAGAACCCGAAAAGGAAAAACCUAAAGAGCCCGAGACACCGACACAAAUAAACCCAACUUCAUUAGGGCAGAGAAUCGAAUAA